GCACAUUCAGACGUGUUUGCAUACUGGAAACUGUCGUUAAAAACGCUGGAAGGAAGGGAGCGCCAUGAGAGGAAGGCGACAAGGAUUUUUUUUAAAGGUUGUGCAACAUAAUCCAUCUCGGUAGCGCAUUUGAUGCAAGCUCGGAGACAAAGGAGCACCAAAGUUGAGUGGUGUGGAGCUCAGAGCUGAAAUAAGAAGCUUUGGGAGACUCGUGGUCGGCUCAACGUCACCGCGUCCGUUUGUACCGUUUUCUUUUACGCGCAAAACCUACAACCGAAACUCAAGAAGCCAUUUCUGCUUUAUAUCUGUCUUUCUUUGUUAAAUUUAAUUCUGCUCUAUGUCGCUUGACAGUGAAUUAUCUCGGUCGCUGCAGGAUCUUAAGCCUUUAACAGUUUCUAACCAAAUAUAGGCAGUGAUAAUGCUGGAGUGUCCUUGACGGAGCUGAGCGGUCCUAAAUUGGAUAUUUGCAGCGCUGCCAAAGUUUAUAAUUAAAUUCUUGCUUCAUUUUGAAUCAUUACAGUGUUUUUUUUUCCAAACACAUUUUGUCUAAUUUGCAAAUUGGACACUCGAGUCAGUUGAUGUGUAAUUUUAGAAGCUGGUUAUUAACAGAUUUUUGCUAUUGUGAACUGCAGCGCGUUGGCUUAAAACGCUCUGUACCCGAUGACUGCUCCCAUCAGAAGCCAUUUUUAAGUCUUUGAUUUACAGUCAUUGAACACGAGCUGCUAAACCUGCUCUGGGCUGCAGCCUAUAUCCUGUGCACACACAUUUGUAGCACAUUUUUUCUCUUUUGUUCUCAAAUCCCUUACAAUGACUUUUUGUGCGUCUGGCUCUGGGCGCGGUGGAUGUGCCAUGGCUCGAUUUUUCCUCACCACCUAUGUGUUGGUGCUGGCGUUGGCGGUGGGCUGGGCUGGAGCCGAAGCUGAACAGGCCAAGAUGACCGGGGAGAGCCCACCGCCGGUUACUCUCCGUACAGUGAUCACCGGAACCUGCCAGGAGAUCCAGCGGUACGCGGAGUCGGUGGUGGGGAGCGGUGUGAUCCGGUCAGCUGCUGAGAGUGCACUGUUGUUUCUUGAGUCAUUGCUUGGUCAGGAGAACGUCUAUACAGUGGCCAUGUUUUUAGAGAUGGUGAUCCGUUUCCUCGCUGAAGGAGCUGCCAGCGGCCUGAACGUCAUCGCUGUUUACGUCACAGAGAUCCUCAGGGUCACAGGAUUCGAUGCUGCAGCGCUGCCCCGCGUGACUCCAGAGAGUGUGGCCGCCGUCGCCCAGUGGGGUCUGGUGGCCCUCAUUGGCUAUUGGUUGCUCACCAUCGUUCUCCGUCUGUUGAUUGGCGCGCUGAGGCAGGUGUUCUGGGUGGUGAAAACCGUCUUGGCGCUCUGGCUUUUUGGACUGAUUGUGACUGACAAGCAUGCCACUGCAGACAUCACAGCGGUUCGAGUGGGCGGCCUGGUGCUGGGAUGCGUCCUGUUGACUCUGCUCACUACUUCCUCCGAAAAGUCUUGUGCAGUGGAGCACCGACUGAGCUCUCUGGAGGGCCGGCUGAAGGCAGUGGAGAAGAGGAAAGGGGAAUAGUGACCAGAGGUGGUGGAGGGAGAGGAGUUUCAGAUGGACAAGGUGAUGAUAAUAAUGGUAAUGAUGGUUAAGAAAGCAUUGAUGGUUUCUAUAUGUGUGUCAAACUAUUAUGGGAAAUAAAGUAAUCUCUGGGAUUUUUAA